AUGGAAGAAACCCCACACUAUUCUCGUGUGGCAGAUGCGGCUGAGUCUAUUAAUGUUGUGACGGGCCGCAGCAUAUAUUAUGGGAUGAGACCUUGGCGAUGUGAUGAUCGUUUUCAUGACUUGCUAUCGUCUUUUUUAAACAUGGAUUCUUUGGUUGUGCAGUUGCAUCUGGCUGGGCUGCUGUGGCGUUGCAGUCGUUCUAAAAAGGGAUCGGAGCCUAUUGAUUGUUACAAAAGAUUGGGGAGAGGUGAGGUGAUGUAUUAUGUGGAUCGGUAUAGAAGUGGCAUGAUGCGGACAGGUUACUUUGACAAGUAUCCAUACAAUCAGAAUGAGCUGCAAAGGAUCAUUGAGGAGGAUGGCUUGAAGAUGCGUGUAUGGAGGCACCAACGCGAGCUUGAAAUGGAGUCGAAGGAAGGAAAGAUUGAUGAUCUUCUUCGUAAGAAUGUUAUGAAGAAUACCGAAAGGUUUCGUUCUGAUUGA